AAUGACGCGUUGUUUGCCACCAGUUAACGUCAGAAGAAGAGGAGGCGGGGAAACAGUAGGUGGCGUAACAUUUGAACGUGGUCUGUGCGCCUACCUUAAACUAAAACGAGGAAGAAGAAGAAAGAGAAGAAGAAGCGGGAAAGGACACCACAACGCUUGCGACAUGAGACUUGGAGAAGUAAGUAUGCUAAUAUUUAUUUAGUUGGUCAACCAUGUAAUGUUGUGAAAUGAAAAUAUUUAACUGUUGUGACAACGGGGUGGUCCUUUAGCAGGCUGCGGUAACGCUAAUGGCGUCUGCCCAACAAGUAAUGUAAGCAUACAUAAUGACCUUCACAAUUGGAUUCCACAGUGCAUAUUAAUUUCGGGGGCUUAACUUAAAAAUGUUUUAUAAUACUGUUGUAGGUAAAGUGACAAUCGACAAAGAAGGUCCGGGCUCCAUUUUAUUGGUAAGGCUGGCGAUUUGCAAUGAAUAAGAAAUGACAUCCAAAAGUAUUCAGUGGUUAACCAAUUUGUCCCGCCAUUUUGAAAGCAGAAGUACAUUUGCUUACUCACUGGCAGUGGCCGAGUAUGUUUUGUAUCAUGCUAUCGAUUGUAUAAACUGCAUAUAUUUAGGAAAAUAAAGUAUGUAUGUGUAUGAAAUGUUAAACAUUAAUUAAUUUAAAUGAAACGGGUAUCAUCAGACAGGUCUUGUUAAGACUAGCAACAUGAUAUAAGAAUAGUUUUCCUGUGAUACAUUUUUAAAACUUAUGAUUGUUUUAACCUGGUCAAAAUGCACAAAUUUAUGGUCAACCUCUUCAAUACAAAGUCAUUGGGGCUCGAGAUUAUAUUCAUGACCUUUUUGUUAAAAAUACUAUAACUUUAUUAAUAUGUACCCCAUUGUAAAAAGGUACCAUCGAGCCCACCGGACCUCAAAAUAGGUACGAAUUAAAAUAAGAAUUAAACUGUCUGGGUUAAGAUUUUUUUUUACUAUAGCCGAACGAUCAUAAACAAUCAUUUUGUUUACUUGUUUUUAACAGAAGUUAAAUAUGAUUCACCCAAAAAGUAAACAUCCAUAGGGAGUGACGCCAUAUAUGUAAAUAGUUUCCAUUUAUAUUAUAGUUCCAUCCAUAUAUUUUCUACUGCUUUUCCCUUUCGUGUCGUGGGGGUGCUGGGGACUAUCCCAGUUCCGCUCGGGCGAAAGGCGGGUUACACCAUGGACAAGUCAACUUACAUCGACAGACAACAUUCAAACACGUGUCAAUUUAGUGUUCCCAAUCAACCUAUCUUCAGUUUGUGAUCAGAAAAUUUAUUUUUUCACUUACAGGAUGGACAAAAAGGAAAUGACUACAAGAAAGAGGUUAAGAGUUCCCACAAAGAAAAUGAAGGACCUGCAUAAUUCUCCUCCCCCAAAUGAGCAAUCUGAUUGUUUGGCAUUCGUCAGAUGGGAGGACGGUUAUACCGGCAAAAUCUUUACAGGAGCAGACAUUUUGUCAAGAGAUGAAGCUCCUGUGCAGAUCUUAGCUCUUAAAACAGGAGAUUCUGUUUUAGCAAAGUGGUCAGAUGGUAAAUUUUAUAGGGCAACUGUUGAAUAUAUUUUAGGAAAAGAUCAGACUCAGUCACCAAAAGGCUGCCAAACUCCACGGGUCAUUUUUAAAUAUGUUGGAAGCCAGUGAGCCAUCACACUCAACAUCAGGGUCUUGACACCAUUACAGUAGAUCAGAACCCACUGUCUGAACAUGAUAAUAUUACAGCGCUGAAUCUAUCAAGUGACGGGGGACUUCUAACAGGCGGCAACACUGCCUAUGGUGUGCGGCCCUCAGUGGAAAAAGUUUGGACACCCCUGCCAUAUGGUCUCAACAUCAAAGGUCCAUUUCCCUACGAAGACCAUGCAUCCUGCCCAUCAACCAAUGGCCUCACCACCAAAGGUUGAUCACUCUAUGGAGUGAUCAACACGACUUCAACACCGCUGGCCCAUCACCAAAUGUCCACACCUCUGGUCCUUCACCCGGCGUACACAAUCGCUUGCCACCUAGCCGGGUGAAUCCACCUGAGAAUAAAAACGCAGCUUUCCUGGCACCAGACAGGAGAGACGCAGGCAACCCAUCUGUUGAGGACACUAUCUGUUAUCAACCACAGCCAGAAAAAUCAUGGACGCCAUGUGAUGGAUGUAGGGAGGAGUUCGAAAAAAUGUGACGAGAAAAAUAACUAAUUGAAGAAGUCCUCUUGAAAAUAGUAGAGGAGUGUCAAAAUGCUGUCCCUUUUGGUCGCCCUGGAAACAAACCUGCAGGAACACGAAAGCGCAUCCUUGACCGGAAAAAAGUUGAAAGAAUCCGAACGUAUGUCCUGCGAUGUCGUACCCUUCCUGAUUGGGACAAUAUUGAUGAGGCCAAGCUCAACAAAGCUUUGAUAAACAAAUGUUGGGCCAGAGACGGUUUUAAGUUGCUUGGAGCGCUGAUUAAUAUCAUCAAGUGCCUCUCAUUAGAAGAUCUGUGUGCACUGCAAGUGUGUGCGAGAGGAUCAUGCCGUGCGCUCGAUGCCAAAUCAGCUGGAGAAGAUGAUGACAAAGUUGGUGUCUGAUUUCCAGAGACACUCCAUCUCCGAUGACGACUCGGGCUGCGCCUCUGAGGAGUACGCCUGGGUACCGUUCGGACUCAAACCUGAGCAGGUUUACCAGUAUUUCAGUUGCUUGCCAGAGGACAGGGUGCCCUAUGUGAACAGCGCAGGGGAAAGAUACCGAAUCAGACAGUUGCUGCACCAACUUCCUGCCCACGACAGUGAGCCACAGUACUGCAACGCUCUGAAGGAAGAGGAGAAGAAGGAGUUACGUUUAUUCAGCCAGCAGAGGAAACAAGAUAAUGUGGGGCGAGGCGCCGUCAGACUCUUCCCCGUCACUAUGUCUGGAGGUGUCUGCAAGCAGUGUGACAGAAAGAUAACCGGUGGAGACAUUGCAGUGUUUGCCAGUCGGGCAGGAAACGGAAAUUGUUGGCACCCUCAGUGUUUCCAGUGUGCCUCCUGCGGUGAGCUGCUGGUCGAUCUGAUCUUCUUCUACCAGGAUGGACAGAUCUACUGUGGCCGUCAUCACGCUGAGAGACUCAAACCCCGAUGUCAAGCUUGUGAUGAGAUCAUUUUUGCAGAUGAAUGCACAGAAGCAGAAGGAAGGUUUUGGCACAUGAAGCACUUCUGCUGUUUUGAGUGUGAGGCACCACUGGGCGGUCAACGUUACAUCAUGAGAGAGUGUCGGCCAUACUGCUGCUCCUGUUAUGAGUCGCUGUAUGCAGAGUAUUGUGACACCUGUGGAAAACACAUAGGCAUCGACCAGAGCCAGAUGACGUAUGAGGGUCAGCACUGGCAUGCCGUGGAGUUUUGUUUCUGCUGUUCCCGAUGUCGACUACCUCUACUGGGACGCCCCUUCCUCCCUCGCAGGGGGCUCAUCUUCUGCUCCAGGUCUUGUUCACUUGGAGAAGACCCCAGAAACUCUGACUCUUGUGACUCGACACUGCAGAGCACGCCACUUCGCGAACCACCGCAAAUGCAGCGUGGUUCCCCUUUGCAACCAAUAGAGGGCGUCAAACCUCCUAUAAGUCCUGUAAAAGAUUGCAUCUAUACUUUAUUGGAAAACAGAGGUGUCAACUGCUUGACUCCUGUUCAAAAUGGACUUCAUCCUAGAAGCUCCUUUUCACCUCUCCCUCACAUUCAUCGAGGAAAUGGUCUCAAACCCUCUUGGCCCUGCAACAUUCCACAUUACAAUUUAUUGCCAGAGGGCUGUGGAAUCAAAGUGCCUGGGAGCGGCCUUUUAAAUGGAAAUACUGGGCAUCCUGCACCGAGUCUUCGUUCAAGAGGAACCUCGACUAGUGCGGACUGUAGGAACUGGGUGGAAAAGACUAAUCAAGUCAUGAAAGAUGCUUUCCAGGCAAACACGACAUCACACACCGACAUGUCUCCUGAACCGCCUCCUCUCCUAAUAAAGUCUCGAGACCUGAUACCGCGGGACUCAUCCCCUCUGAACACCCCCCAGUCAGAGCAGAGCCCCUCCCAUUCUCCACCCGCACUGUCUCGUAGUGGGAAAGCGCGGGUCAGUUUCAGAGAACCAAUCAGCAGCAGCUAUUCUGUCGAUGAGGAAGAAGAUAAAGAGGAGAAUGAAGAAGUGCCACCAGAUAAUGAGGAAAACCCUCAGAACGAAGAUAAAGUCAAAGGAGGAUUCGGAAGCAGUUUGCAUCUACAGGAAGGCAUCCCACCUCAGAUGGAUCUGCUCGAUGGAUCCUCAUACCACCAACGCAGUCUGCGGCGCGGCUGGAGUCGUUGCCGCGUUUCGUCUGACCCCAGCCUUCACCUGACCUCAGACAGAAGCCUCCGGCAUUCACAGGCCGACCGCCCUCCACUGGACACUCUGGAUCAUGGCGAGGGAGGGAACGACGUCUCCUCUCUGGUCCUGCAGCCUGGCCGGCACAAACAUGAAGACUCUUGUUCCACCUGCUCCUCAUCGUCCGACUCGGAGCAAGAGGGCUAUUUCCUUGGACAGCGCAUUCCUCUCCCUCCACAGCUUCGAAAACAUGAAGCCAAGGAGGAUAAAGACACAAAAGAAGAAGGAGAACAAGCUCAGUUGGGACUGAGGGACAGUAUCAGGCGGAGACGAGCUCACAGUCUUGGUGCUAAGGACAAAGAUAAAAACUGCACUGUCUCCUGACAUAAACACUGGAAAACCUCACGCUGUAGUUGUCACAAUUAUUUACUGCGCAUGACUCGGCAAUGGGUUUACUUUAUGAAUGAUAAUUGGAUUGUUGUAGGCUUACAUUUUGCUACUUUUAAAUUUGUCAUUCACAAUAUGUAUUUUUUACCUGUUGAGAAAGAUAUGAGAUACUAUUUUUGGACUGAUCUACACUUUGAGGCUAAUGUGACGGAUUUGAAGGUCCUUUGGGUCAUCAUCACGAUUUUUUUCCAGCAGACAUCUACACGUACUGUAUGAACUUUGAGAAGUUUGGUGUUGUUGUUUAAGGUGGCGACUUGUCCAGGGUGUACACCGCCUUCCGCCCGAAUGCAGCUGAGAUAGGCUCCAGCACCCCUCGUGAACCCAAACGGGUCAAGCGGUAGAAAAUGGAUGGAUGGAUGGAUGGAUGGUGUUGUUUUUUCAGUCAUUUAUUUUCCAUACAAGAAUCAGUGACCCUGCAGGGAAAUGUUACUUUCACCUUUGAAUUUGUUACAGAUGUACAUUUAAAGUAGAGGAAGUAUCAACCAAUAAAUGAGACCUCAUAAAUGAGACAUUAAAUAUAUUACAUAAUGAUUAGAUAUAAUGUCAUUUAUAACAUGCACCUGGGGAUAGGUUGAUUGGAAACACAAAAAAUUGGCCCGAGUGUAUGAAUGUGAGUGUGAAUGUCUAUCUGUGUUGGCCCUGCGAGGAGAUGGUAAAUUGUCCAGGGUGUACCCCGCCUCCCGCCAGAUUAUAGCUGAGAUAGGCUCCAGCACCCCCCGCAACCUGAACUGUAGUAGUUACUCAAAACAAUUUCAAUAAUAGUAAAAAUAUUGAAUGUAUAUAAAUGCAAUGGCCAAGCACUGUAAAAUGUUUUAUUAUUGUAUUUGGUUGUUCAAGGGAUUCUAAUGAAUGUUGAAUGAGUUUAUGGUUGCAAUAAAUGUGUCCUGGUUGACAAACGCA